AUGAGAAAGUCACUCGCCGACACCCGAAGAAGCCCGCUCACCCGCAGGCUCCGCCAGAUCGAACUACACGAAAGAGUUCGACUCAAAAUCGACUCUUACACCGGCGAAGAAGACCCCAAGAAGUGGCUAACCGCGUUCAACCUCGCCAUGAGGAGGGAGAAAUACAAAUCUUACGAUGAAAGGGAGGCCAACUACUGUCAAGUAUUCGUCGAGCACAUGGCGAAAGAUGCCUUGACCUGGUUCUCUAACCUCCCCGCCGAGUCGAUCGAUAACUUCGACGACCUAACCAAUGCUUUUCUGAAGCAUUACUCCAUGCACAUGACCCGAAUCACUCGGAACAUGUUCACCACAACGCAAACCCAAGGCGAACCAUUGCGCAGCUUUAUGGAAAGGUUCAAACAAGCAGCUCGCGAUACUGGCGACAUGCCCGAUAGCGUCCCGCUGGAAGCACUCCGCAACGGCCUCUGGUACGACUCCAAGUUUAAGGAGGAUUUGUCACUAAAACCCCCUGCGACUCUGGAGGACGCGUUCCACCGCUCUCGGAACUACAUCUUCCUCGAGGAAGACCAGCGCUUCUACGCCGAGAAACAUGGAGAUAGGAGGGCAACCUCGUCGAAACCCAGAGAGAACCCAUGGAGGCACGAAGAAGACACGAUCCGAAGAGGUCUCUCCUCACAGCGUUCGCAGCAGCCGACGACGAGUCGAGCAAGAACACGCAGCGGCCGUUUCGAUGCCACAAGACAUCAACUCGCUCGGAGAUGA